AUUAAAAUAUGGUUUCAAAACCGACGAGCCAGGGAACGCAAAGAUGUAUCACAACUCGAAGCAUCAAACUCCAGUGGAACAAUCAGCUCAAAGUAUCCUCUUUCCUCAGCAUUGGACCAGAUCGAAGUUUCGUCACCGAGUUCAGUUCAGUCUUUCAGCAAGUGGCCAACUACAAACAACGAACCAUCGACAGCUUUGGUGAAACUAACCAAUCCGUAUGAAUAUGUCUUUGGGAAUGCAGACAAUGCUCCACAGGAUUUGCCUUAUCGAUUCCCUGAACGAAUGAAUCCUGCGACAUCUUCUUAUUCCCCAACCGAACAAUUAACCUAUGUCUAUCCGAACAGUUUCUCCUCAGUUCUAAUGUCACACCCAUAUAUGCUCUACUUGUCAAGCAUAUCCCCAAACACCAGAUAA